AUUGAAUGUCAAAGUAUUUUGUGUAGAUUAAAUCGUCUUCGGCGAUCCAUAGCAGCAAAUGCUACAAUGGCAGCGCAAAAAUCUCCAAAAAUCGAGGCCCAGGUCGUAGAAGCAAUUCGUAGGCUGCAGGCCAUUCAAGGAUCAACUCCACAGGAAAUCAGUAAUUACAUUGCUCAAGAAUAUAAUAUUCCUGGCUCUGAGAUUAGGCGUCACGUUCAACUUGCCCUCAGGCGUGGCGUGACUUAUGGUAUUCUUCAGCGUUUGAAGGGCGGAUGCUACACGUACAAUCACGACUACAUGUACAAUCAAUGCAUGAACAGCGGCGACGCCACUGCUGUCGACAUUCGUUGCAGACGAAAAAGACGAUCUAGCCGGAGAAGAAGCUCGAGGAGACACGGUAGAAGGAGGUACAAGAGUCGUGGAUCUCGACGUAGAUCCCGUAGAAGGAGAUCGCGAGGAAGACGAAGAAAAUCGUCGAGGAGACGAAGGCGGAGGGAAGAAUUUCCAAAGGAAAUCGACGCGCUAAAGAUGACCACCGUGACCAAACAAUCGUCGAAAAGCAGCAACCUCUUACCGAAGGAUGGUCCACGAAGCAAUCAUUCUACCAUCUCUGGAAACUCCGAAGAGAAGCAAGAGUAACCAUCCAAACGGAUAUCCUUCGCUUUUACGAUCGACUCGAGAAGCAAAGAUUGACUCAAGAACAAGAAUACAGAUUUUCCUCGAGGCACUCGAAAUUUACAUAUUAAGGAAAAACAAAGAGGACGAGAUUGAAAGAAAUUCUAAGAAGACCGACCGCCAGUCAUGGAUAUACAUACGUUUUGAUAAAUGUUUUAUUUUAUCGUUAUUCUACCUUUCCUCUUUUCUAAUCUGUUGUAUUUGUACCUGUGCUUUUACUGUUUUGGAAUAAUUCUUUUUCUAAAAAUCUAUCUCUGCCGCGAGUAACAUGUAACACAUUCCGAACACCUUAGAGAUCACAAUACAUUGAAAAUAUUUGAAAAAUCGUGCACUGUUCCGGAAAUACCGAAUCACAGGCGAAUCUUCAAUUUCCAAAAAUCACGUUAUGUCACCUAAAUACACGAUAUGCCGGCUAAAAAUAAAUGUACGAAAUACUCACACGAGAAGAACGUCAUAAGGACGUCAUUGGAAAGAAUAAAACAUUAUCAGGGCCUUCUCGCACAAUAAUUUUCAAACCAGUAACAUCGUUAUUAAUCUUAAUGAAUGGACAAUUUUUUGCGUCGAUUUCUACGUCAAAUAGAACAAUUACGUAAAUAAAUUGUCAUCCUUAGAAUUUACUUCCAAAACUUCCUCUCAACAAAGUAACGCAAGAUACUAAUCAUUUAUUUAUACUAAUUAUUUGUGACUCUAAUUUCCCUAAUAUUGUCAAUUCAAUCGUACAACAGGGUCCAGGUAAUAAUUUCAUUCUUUUCUUCAUAAGUUCUCGUUAUUGAAAUGUAUGAAUUUUAGUAUUGAAAAUGCCGGAAAAACGUGCUGCGUUAAAAGCAGUGGCCGUUUCUCAGCAAUGACGGCCCUGUCCACGGCCUUGUUGGCUAAUGAUAGUCUUGCUAAUGAUGCGUUCGCACACGCACACGCACACGUGUAGUCGUGACGCGUGACUAUUUCACCCAGCAGCUCUAUGGCUAGGCACCGUUCAGCCCAGAAACACUUUGACAAUAAAUCUAUACACAAUAUCCUGUGUGACGAUUAAAUAAUGCCGGCCAAACUGCAAACAUCAGGCGCAACCUUAUUUACGUUGGAGAGAGUUUAAACGCGCGAGUCGUUUGCUUCAACGUUAAACGUUUUUCGCUAUUUAACAUUAUAUUUAUUACGAUGUUUUAUGCUAAUGGUAUCAACAGCGAAAAGUUAUUUGAAUUGCAGAUCCUUGUAUCCUGUACGAACAGUUAAAGGUGGAAAGUGAAAAUUGCAGUGUUCUAUAACACGCGAAUUUCCUACGUUCGAACGGAACGAACACGAGAAACGUGUUGCUCAUUCAUUCGUUGGGAAAUUAAAUCGAGCGCGUGGAUCCGCUGGCCAAGAAGUUAAGUACCUUUUGUUCGAUGCAGGAUCUCGUGAAGCGUUCACGGUAUGAAAUUUAAUUGCCAGUAAAUCACGAACCAGUCGAUAGUCAUUUCUACCGAGUAACAGUUUUAAACUUUCGGUUACGUUAUACCCACGAGCAAGUGUAUCUGUCUGGUUCGAAACGAACGACGGUGUUCUUUAACUCCUUUGUUUAUUUAGAAACUAUUUGGAGCAUGCUAUUGCACUGAGUAACUUGCAAAGAUCAUAAAAAAUUCUUCUGAAACUGAUCGAACUGAUAAACAAGGAAGGCCAAUUAAGCCUUAAUUAAUUUCUACAGCCAAGAAAUAGGGCAGGCGGGACAGCCAGCUACGCUCGUUAAGGCCCAGAACCGAAGACGACGCGUCGCGAGUUCGAAUCCUCGGCAUGGAGUAUUUCGAAAAGAGGACGGAAAAAUCAAAAUUUCUCUUAAAAGUAAUAUACUACAGGCAAGCGGCCAGCCCCUUCCUUGCGUGUGUUGUGGGUGUACUUUCUGGGAGUGUGCUCGUUUAAAGGUGCUUGGUGUUAAGCACACAGGGGCCUGACAAUCAACUCGCACUAGUCUACCGUUCCGUCCGUGGGUGGAGGUUUUAGCCGGUAAGAAUCCGGCACUACCCCCUUGCCUACCUGCACAAGGGUGGUAAGGUGUCUAUGAAGAUUUCCUCCACGUAAAAAAAAAAAAAAAGAAAA